AUUCAGCAAAGAAAUUCGCAAUGACAAAGUAUUGAUUUAUUUUUACAAUCUUAUAAGCAAUAGGGGUUCAGGAAUGAACACAACUUUCAACCCUUUUUUAUGGGCUAUAAAAAACACAUGUGUUGUAAGAACAAACAAAAAUUCCCUAGAAACCUCAGCAGGUACGCCAAAAAAACAGAUCGACUUGAGAUGAAACAUGUGGUAGUUAUUCAAAACAAGAAAAGUUAUUCAAAACACUACAAUUUUAGUCCACCCUUUUAAUUGCUAGUAGUUCAGCUGCUAGCUAACAAGUGAAAAUUGUUAACUAUAUAAAGCUAUUAUUUAAAACAAAACUCAGUUCGAGUUUACAAGUCAACACGCGUGUUUAGUGAGAGAAAAGUUCGAGAAAAGUACGUGAAAAGUAACCCAACUAACAAUGUUGAAUACAAAAAACAAAAAUAGUCAUAAUACGAAACAUUAAUUCCAACAAUUUCACACGCUUGAAAACCGAAACUAAUUCAUUCCAAACUCUAAAGUUGUUAAAAUUGAAUUCGUUUUGCAAUAUAGUAUAGUUACCUGAAUAAUAUGAACAGUUUCGCAAUCUUGUUGCUCUUGCUGCUGAUGUCUAUUGCCAUAAAUGGACACGAUCCAGAUGACCACAAAGAAUUACUGCAAGUCAAGGAAUGUCCUGAUAUGCCAAUAAUGCAAAAUGUUGAAAAGACAAAGCUUUUGGGUGUCUGGUAUGCAUAUGCAACAACUCCACUACCAUUUACGAGAUAUCAGCGACAUUGUGCAUCUUAUAAUGUGAAGAACAAUCCCUACUUUAAUACCAACAUACUCUACACUAACUACAAAGACUUGGUAAUCACGUACUCCUGUCUAUUAAACCCUAAGGAGGGCAUGCAUAUGAUGAAACUUCGCAUACUCACCAGAACUCGGACUCCCAUGCCUGAGACAAUAUUCGAGGCGGGUCGUGUUUUGAGUAAACUUCACUUUCCCAUGGCAGCACUGCAUUGGCUCAAGUCCGAAGCAUUUUGCUUUGAAUGGUAUCAGCUAAAGUUCGAAACUCAGCGACGACCUAUGACAUUUCAGGCGCCAUUUGAUUUGCACGGCCAUUGGGAUAGCACCAUAAGUUAAUUGCAUAAAAGUCUAAUUAUUGUUACAUAAUAAUUUGCCAUACAAAUGUUAUCGAUGAAUCACUGAUUAAACUGAGGAAAUCGUA